CCCCAAAAUCCCAACCACCACACGCAUAUCUGUAGCGCCACAGGGCUAAACCACCUUUUCUUUUACAAUCAACAUUCGUACUGCACUUCACGUCUGACUAAAAAUUAGAUCCUCCACCCUCAUCGUCAACACCGCCUUCUCGAAGUCUCAAGGCCGGCAUUCAUUCCGACUCCACGACCGACUGCAAACCACAUUCCACCACCUGAGCCUAGGCUCAAGCCUUCGGGCGAACCACAUUCCUCCUACAAUCACUUCACGGAAACCAAACUAUGGCGCCCCUCCCAGCAUCCCUCCUCUCCCUACUGCCUCGCAACCUCAUCUCCUCGGCCACAUCAACUACCGACCUAGACCCGCGCAACCCAUCCGAUCUCUCGCCCAUCGCAGUCCAUGAUCUACACCACCGCCUCUCCAAGCGUUUCCAAACUGCCGACUUCAGUGCAGGCGUCAAGCCAGCCAACGAAAUCAACAAUGUCGGCUUCCAAGUCCUCUUCGCCCUCAUCGGCGUCGGCAUGGUACUCGGCAGCAUUUGGUUCUUCUUCUGGGCCAAGAACGGCGGCUUCCACUGGAAGAAAGAUGACUGGGACGACUACAAAUCCACAGUCUUGCGACGCAAGGGGCCAGACGGAAAGACCUUGUCAAACGCCACCAAGAGCACGAGACUAGGCGGCGGUAGCGUAGUUCACGGAGGCAGCUACGGCAACACUGAGACGGUCAGCGACGGCUACACGGACGAGACCGGCACAUCAGCCGACUCGAACGAGAUGCGCGAAGCGGAAGCCGGCCAGCGCCACGGCUUCGGCAUCCGCGGCGGCGACGCCCGCAAGCAUCGCAAGGAGAGCAGCAGCACCAAGCACAAGGACCCCGAGCUGCGCGAGUACCGCCACGAGAAGGCCGCGCGCGUGGGCGGGCUGAACCGCGCGCACGACGGCACCUACCACGACUACUCCAACAGCUCCGACAUCUCGCAACAGCCCCUCGUCCAGCCCAAGAAAACCGACAAGAAAGCCCAGGAGAAACGCGCCAAAGAAGCCAGGCGCUCCGAGAAGAAAGCCCACGCCGCCGAGGAAAAGGCACGCAAGGAGGCCGAGAAGGCUAGCAAGAAGAACAAGACGGCCAAGCCGGCCGCCAAACAACCCGAGAUGGCCGCGGCCGUUACCCUCGCUGAACCCGCUGGAGCCUCUGCCUCGAGACCUGUUGGCGCGCCGGCCUCUGUCCCGCACCCCGACGCUCUCCACGCCGCGCGCCGUGCUGCCCCGUCGGCUGCCUACUCCUUCAUUUCUGGCGACGACACUAACACGGUCUACACUGGGGCGUACACAGUACCCUCCGCGCCAUCUGAGGCCGACAAUUCGUACUACUCGUCCUACCGCCCGCACGCGGCAGCUCAAUCCCAGGCGCGCGACCGUGAAGCCCGCCCUGAGUCGCACUCGCGUCAGUCGUCGCCGCGCAAGCAGCAUCGGUCGUCGCGCCAGUCACCAGCUGCGUCUGACAUCUUCAGCGAUGGCACUCAAGAGACGGGCACCAAGAGCUAUCCGUGCUACAUCCCUGGCCUCAGCGCUGGCAGCGUCGGCGUGAGCGAGAGCGUGAGCCAAGUUGGUGGACGGAGUGAGAGACAGGGGCGUGAGAGCCCGAGGAAGGGGAGGGAUGUGAUGGAUGGGUAUAGGCGGGGUGGUGUGAGGGGACGGAGGGACAGUUUGAGCGAUAGUGACUCGUGAGGGAGACGAGAGGGAGUGGUGUGUUUUGAUGGAGCUGGACGUGAGCGUUGUAUGAUGGAGAUGGAUGGCGUAUACCACGGCUUUUUGUCGGUGUCGGCGUUUUGGGACCUGGGUAUACUCCAGACUGCACGACUGUGUAGCAUGGCAUGGUAUAGCAUAGGCAUGAAUGGAGCUGGGAUGAAUCGAGAUGGGAUUGGACGACGACUGUAUGUAUGUAGAAAACAAACACACAAUCAAACAAACAAACGUACAAAUUCGUACGGUUAAAAGAAGCAAAAAGCCG